UUCUGGAUCAAGCAAUUGUAAAACCAAGUCACUUAAUAUUUUUCUAAAUAAUAUAGCUACAGCAUUGUGAAUAGUGUUUAGGUGUCUUCAACCUCUGACUGUGUCCCAGGAACGUUUUUAGCCUCCUCCCCCUGACAACACACACAUGACCCGGGUCACAUGAGCCUUGAUACUACCUCCUGGUUCAGACAGACGGGCUACACGGAUCGAGGCUAGCUGUUAGCUUCAACUGUCUACACGGCCGACAUGAGUUUCCUAGGAGGUUUAUUUGGGCCGGUGUGUGAGAUAGACGUACUGCUGAACGAUGCAGAGAACAGAAAGACAGCCGAGUUGAAGACAGAAGAUGGCAAAGUAGAGAAACACUACCUGUUCUACGACGGAGAGUCUGUGUCUGGCAAGGUGAAUCUAAAUGUGAAGCAGGGAGGAAAGCGACUGGAGCAUCAGGGCAUCCGCAUUGAAUUUGUUGGACAGAUAGAGCUGUUCUCUGAUAAGAGCAACACCCAUGAGUUUGUGGACUUGGUGAAAGAGUUGGCUCUACCUGGAGAACUCACCCAGAACCGGAGCUAUGACUUUGAGUUCAUGCAGGUGGAGAAGCCCUAUGAGUCCUAUACUGGAGCGAAUGUCAGGCUAAGGUAUUUCCUCAGGGUGACAAUAGUUCGUCGUCUGUCUGACUUAGUGAAGGAAUACGAGCUGAUUGUCCACCAGUUAGCCACCUACCCAGACGUCAACAACUCGAUCAAGAUGGAGGUCGGCAUAGAAGACUGUCUGCACAUUGAGUUUGAAUACAAUAAGUCAAAAUACCACCUUAAGGAUGUGAUUGUUGGGAAGAUCUACUUCCUGCUGGUCAGGAUCAAGAUCCAACACAUGGAGCUACAACUCAUCAAGAAGGAGAUAACCGGCAUAGGUCCCAGUACUACCACAGAGACAGAGACAGUUGCAAAGUAUGAAAUAAUGGAUGGAGCUCCAGUUAAAGGAGAAUCAAUCCCCAUCAGACUGUUCCUGGCAGGAUAUGACCUGACACCCACCAUGAGGGAUGUCAACAAGAAGUUUUCUGUACGCUACUUCCUUAAUCUGGUGCUGGUAGAUGAAGAGGACAGAAGAUACUUUAAACAACAGGAGAUUGUUUUGUGGAGAAAAGCCCCAGAGAAGAUCAGGAAAAGAAACUUCCAUCAGCGUUACGAGUCACCUGAGCCCCGAACCCAGCCAGUUGAUGCAGAGCAGCCAGAGAUGUGAAGGUGAUGCUAUGAACUGAAAAUACACACAGACACACACCAACUCUUCAGUGCUGAACAGCCAGAGGUGUGAGGGCUGCCACACUGUCUCCCUGGACUGAGAAAUGUAUACAUGAAUACAUAUAACAUACCUUCAGACAUCCCCGUCACCACUCCACAGCUUCAGAUGGGAGCUGUCCGACCACCUUCACUCUCUUCCCAUGGACUGAAACACACUUGCAUACAGAUGCACAAGCAUACCAUCCAAGAAGGUUGAAAGCUGAAUGUCAAGGCUGGAAUGCAAAUCAAACAGACCCAAGUAAGGAACAGUGAGGCAGCCUAUUUUAUCUUGGCGUCUCCGACUGAAAACAUGCAUACAUUUAUACACAAUUGAAGCCAUACAAUCUCACUUUGCUGAAUGCAUAAUAAAAAAGGAGCAAAGAGGACACGGCUACAGACCACUAUACCACUCCAUUUAUCCCUUUCUUCUGCAACAGGAGCUUCUUUUGUGUGCAUAUUUGGACAGCACUUAUCCAGGACUUUCUCUUCUC